ACAACUACUGUGCCAACAACUACAUCAGCAACACCAACAUCUUCUGAGUCCACAACAAUAACAGCACAAACAUCUACUCUGCCAACAACAACAAGCAGCAGAAGCAACAUCUACAGCGCCAACAACAACAGCACCCGCAUCUACUCAGUCAACAACCACAGCAGCAAAAUCGACUCACCAACAUCUGCUGUAACAACCACAGGAGUACCAACAUCUACACCAACAUCUGCUCUGUCAACAACAACAUCAGCACCACCAACAUCUUCUGAGUCCACAACAACAACAGCACAAACCUCUACUGUGCCAGCAAAAACAGCACCAACAUCUACUGUGCCAAAAACCACAGGAGCACCAACAUCUACUGUCAACAACAGCACCAACAUCUGCAAUGCCAAAAACUACAGCGGCACCAACAUAUACUGUGUCAAGAACUACAGCAGCACCAAUAUUUGCUGUAACAACAACAGCAGAACCAAGAUCUACUGUGCCAAGAACAUCAGAACCAACAUCUACGAUGCCAACAACUACAGCAGAACCAACAACUACUGUGCCAACAACAACAUCACCAGCAUCUACUCAAAAACAGCACAAAUAGCUACUGUGCAAACAACAAGAGCGCUAACAUCUACUGGGCCAACAACAACAGCAGCAUCAGAACAAACAUCUACUCUGCCAACAACAACAGCAGAAGCAACAAAGCAAAAUCUACUGUGCAAACAACAAGAGCUGCACCAACAUCUAAUGUGCCAACAAAAAAAAAAGUACGAACAUCCACUCUGGCAACAGCCACAAAUCCAACAUCUACUCUACCAACAACAACAACAGUCAGAAGCAACAUCUACAGCGCCAACAACAAGAGCUGCACCAACAUCUAAUGUGCCAACAACAACAGCACCAACAUCUAAUGUGCUAACAACUACAGCAGAAGCACCAACAUCUACUGUGCGUAUAAAAGCAGAACCAACAUCUACUGCACCAACAAAAACAACAACAACAACAACAAAAGCACCACCAACAUCUUCUGAUUCCACAACAACAACAUCACAAAUAGCUACUGUGCAAACAACAAGAGUGCUAAAAUCUACUGGGCCAACAAAAACAGCAGCAGCAGCAGCACAAACCUCUACUCUGCCAACAACAACAGCAGAAGCAACAUCUACAGUGCCAACAACAACAGCACCAGCAUCUACUCUGUCAACAACAAUAGUAGAAAAAUCUACUGUGCAAACAACAACAGCUGCACCAACAUCUAAUAUGCCAACAACAACAACAGCACAAACAUCAACUCUGGCAGCAACCACAAAACAAACAUUUACUUUACCAAAAACUACAGCAGCACCAACAUCUACUGUGCCAUCAGCAACAGCAACACUAACAUCUAAAGUGCCAACAACAACAUCAGCACAAACAUAUACUCUGCCAUCCACAACAGUAGCACCAAAAUCUAAUAUGCAGACAACAACAGUGGCAACAACUUUUACUCUGCAAACAACAAUAGCUCCACCAACAUCUACUGGAACAAAAACAACAGCAGCACCAACAACAUCUGUGCCAACAAAUACUUUAGCACAAACAUCUACUGUGCCAACAACAACAGCACCAACUUAUAGUGUGCAAACAACAACAUCAUCACAAACAUCUACUGUGCCAAAAACAAUAGCAGUUCUAUCAUCUGCUUUGCCAAUAACAACAGCAGCACCAACGUCUACUUUGCCAACAACAACAGUGGCUCAAACAUUUACUCUACCAACAAGAAUAUCAGUACCAACAUCUACUGUGCAAACAACAAUAGCACCAGCAUCUACUGUGUCAACAACAGCAGCAGCACUAACAUCUACAGUGCAAACAACAACAGCAGGAAGAAUGACUAUUAUGCCAACAACAACAGUAGCACCAAAAUCUACUGUACAAACAAGAGCAACAGUACCAAUAUCUUCUCUGCCAACAACAACAGAACAAACAUACACUGUGCCAACAACCAGAACACCAACAUCUACUCUGCCAUCAACAACAGUGACUCAAUCAUCUACUGUGCCAACUACAACAGCAGCACAAACAUCUGCUGUGCCAACAAUAUCAGCAUCAACAUCUACUGUGCCAACAACAACAUCACCACCAACAUUUUCUGUACCAACAUCAACAGCUGCACCAACAUCUACUCUGCCAACAACAACAGCAGCACAAACAUCUACUUUACAAACAACAACAGCACCAUCAUCUACUGCGCUAAUAACUUCAACAUCAUCAUCUACUGUGCAAUCAGCAACAGCAACACUAACAUCUAAAGUGCCAACAACAUCCACAACAGUAGCACCAAAAUCUAAUAUGCAGACAACAACAGUGGCAACAACAUUUACUCUGCAAACAACAAUAGCUCCACCAACAUCUACUGGGCCAAUAACAACAGAAGCACCAACAUCAUCUGUGCAAACAACUACUGUAGCACAAACAUUUACUGUGCCAACAAUAACAGCACUGACAUCUACUGUGCUAACAACAGCACCAACAUCUACUGUGCCAACAACUUCAGUGGCACAAACAUCUACUGUGCCAACAACUUCAGUGGCACAAACAUCUAUUGUGCCAAAAGUCAAACCAACAACUACUGUGCAAACAACAACAACACAAACAUCUACUGUGCAAAAAACAACAGGGGCACCAACAUCUGUGCCAACAACAACUAAAGCACAAAGAGCUACUCUGCCAUUAACAGAAUCCUCCAGAUCUACUAGGCCAAAAGCAUCAACAUUUACUAUUCCAAACAUAACAAUAGCACCAACAUCUACUGUGCUAUCAACAUCACUAACAUCUACUGUUUUAAUAACAACAGCAGCACCUACAUCUUCUUUACAUGGAAGCCUGACAGCUGCACAGACAUCUAAGGUCAAAGGAACAACUGUCAAGUUCAAUUCCUCCACUCAGUUACCUGCUAAAACAGCAGCACUGAAAACAGCUCCUGUGACAAAAUCACCUACAAGAAUACCCACUACAGCUAGAAAAGCUACAAGAAAAACUACUUCAACCACUACAACAACCCGGCCAGCUAUCAAAACCACCACUGUAUCCAAGGAUCCUCCUGGGCCUUCAGAAGGCUUCUUGUUUUUGAAUAUCCAAAUUAGACGUAAUUUUAUUCCAGCAUUGACUGAUCCAACAACUUUGGAUUAUCAAAGUCUAUUCAGAAAUAUUACAAUAGAGCUGAAUCGAGGAUAUUUGCUAAUAUAUCCAUUUACUUUCCUGAGGUGUAUUAUUAUUCGAUUCAAGCCUGGUGUGGCUCGCAUGAUCCGUAGAGACCUGAGAAAUGAAACCAGUCUUUCUACAGUAGAUGUUGAAACACAGCUGAUCUUUAGAAAUCAGUCGGUUGUACCAAACAUUACCAGUGCUGUGGAAUCCCUAAGAUCUGCCCUAUUUGCCUAUUUAGUCUUCCUUGAUAUCAUCCCCUCCAGCAUCACGGCAGUGGCAAGAAAUGAAACUGUAACAACAUCUGCACCAAAUACAACAAACAUCUCUACUGCUUUCACAACAUCCAGCACUUCCUGUCUGAAGACUAGAAUGACAAAAAUAAUCUGGUUCCUGUUUCCUGUUCUUCUCAUUUACUUCUGAUGAACAGCCAAAUUAAACAUGACACUAGGCAGAAUUCAAUUAAAUUGCACACAGCUUCUUAAUUAAUGAUGCUUUCUAAAAUUUACUUUCUAAUUUAUUAAAUAAAUACUAGAACCCACAAUAGUUUUCAAAUGCUUGUUUUUGUUUAAAGUGUUUUCAUUUUAAUUAUUUUAAAGGUGUUUUAAGUUUAAAGUACCA